AUGUUCUCGAUGAAAAUAUUCAUUUGCUUUCUAUUGACUCACGUGCUAGCUUUGCGACCAUCUACAUUUUCCGGAACGAUGGUGGAUUUCACGGACCCUAAGGUACAAGGACACCUUGAUGCACUGGUUCGUAUGGCACAGUCCUGUGUUAUUAAAGUCAGGGCUACUCCUAAAGAUGUCAGAGCCUACUUUACUAACUCACCGCCUGUCACUAGGUCUGGACAAUGUUUUGCUGCGUGCAUGCUAGAGCAAAGCGAUGUUAUUAAUCAUGGCAAGGUCAAUAGAGACUUACUAAUACAUUUAGCUGGUUUGGUAAAUGGUAAAAACUCUCGUGUAGUGCGAAAACUCCACAGCAUUUCAAGACUUUGUCUGGACAGUAUAGAAGGGAUGUUAGACAGAUGCCAGCUGGCGUCUACGUAUAAUGAUUGCCUUAACGAGAAUAUGAUAGAAUUCGCCUUUCCUCUAGACUUAGCAGAAGAGGCUGUAAGAAAAAUGCCGUUUCAUCUUAUACAACCUAAGUAA